AUGAGAAGAAGUAACAGACUGGAGGAAAUUGGCAGGAAGAAAUUGGCUGGAGGAAACUGGCUGGAGGAAACUAGCAGGAAGAAACUGACUAACGAAAGGGAAGAAGCGAAUUACAACUCCAUCCUGUAUGAACAGAAUUUAAAGGACGAAAUAGACUACUAUGGGGAAGACUUACCGCACAUAAAUUUUUAUUUGAAGUUCCAAAGGAAGAACUUUUUGCAGGAAUUCCUCCAGGAGGUGAUGCUGCCGCUCAGUGGGGUCAGAUCGGAUGGGGGGGAGGCGGGACAAAGCAAAGAGGCAGCAGUCCCUGUGGAGGAAGGCAAAGAGGCAGCAGUCCCUGUGGAGGAAGGCAAAGAGACAGCCGUCCCGGUGGAGGAAGGCAAAGAGACAGCCGUCCCGGUGGAGGAAGGCAAAGAGACAGCCGUCCCGGUGGAGGAAGGCAAGGAGACUGUUACCCCCGGGGAGGGGAGAGCACGCGAUAAUGCAACCGCAGGGGGUGCGGAACUGGAGGAGCUGUUGAAUGAGGGGGGGUUCUAUGUGGAAGAAGGCUCCGGGGGGGAGGAACCCCUUUUGGAGCGACCCCUUUUGGAGAGACCCCCCCAAGGGAAGCUCACCACCGAACAACACCUCUCCGAAGACUCCAACCUGAGGGAUGCCUUACUAAAGCUGAUGCAGGGGAGUGCCGCCAUGCGUGGUAGCACCGACCUGACACACCUAAACGAAAGCGACGAAGCUGUAAAGAAAAUAAACGAAAUAUUCCAAAAAAAUAAGGAUAAAUUUAUGUUCAGUGUGGAACGGCAACUUGGAACUAACGGAGAAGAACUCAUUUUACAAGAAUACUGCUACCUAUGCAAUAAAAAAAAGAAGUUAAAUAAACCCUUAUGUGCAAUAAAUAUAUACGUCUGCUACGAUUGCAAAGUGCUAGACAGUAAUUUCAAAAUGAUAUCCCUAAGUAAGUUGGUAAGAAAAUAUUGCCUUAACCAUUAUGACCUGUCUAAGUAUGAAAAACAGCUAGCUCUUUUGUGUACAAAGAACCCACGUGGGUACUCCAAGCAAAUGAAGCUUUAUUUUCUUUUUCAAAUUAAAGAAAUUGCAAUACGAAAACAUGGAUCCAUGGAAAGAGUGAAACAGAUGUAUACCUCCAAAGUACUAAAAUCAUUUAGGAAUGCACAGGGUACUCCUCAGUCGACAAAGAAACGGAAGGAGGACCUGCACAAAAUGGUUAAACCUAAGAGCAUCUACAGUAAGAAGGUUAAAAAAGCGGAGGAACAAAAAAUCAUUUGCGAUAACAAUCAGCAUGAGUUUGACUCUCCAAUUUGCACCAACAUGGAGGAUUCCCUUUACGUGAAAAGGUGCAGGAAGUGCGCCUACCAGCUGGAGUACAUGCAGUUCUGA